AUGGUCACCUGUGAUUUGGAAGAGCUCUUACCGGCCGCUUCUACGAGUUCAUCCUACUUCCCGCCUCGAUCGUUGCUCGCUGCAGGAGAGGCCCCUGAGUCCGCCGAUGCUAACUCUGCAAACCGUCGCCUGGCGAACGACCGGCCGGUACCAACUGACAGGGACUUCUAUGUUCGACUGAAGGAGAUCCAACACCGCAAUCACGAUGCUUACUGUGUUUUCACCCGGACUCCUAAAGCUGGACAACUACCGCCGCGCCUCGCCUUCUUCCGCCGCUUCUGGGACGGCAUGGACAACAUGGCGUACUAUUGGGACACCAGUCUUGACAAGUAUGUUCCGCCCAAGUCCGAUGGCGAGGAAAAAGACGCCGAGCCUGGAAGUCACUCUCCAGAAGAUGCUAAAGCGAAUCACAAACUAUCCGAGACCAGUCAUAACAAUGUCGCGCCGACCGACACAGAGCCUCGCAAGAAGGCUAGGAUAGCGAUUGACCGCCGUGCCGAGACCUCAACCUCAGCCCCAUCUACAGCUGCUGCUGCCGCUACAGACGCAGAUGCAGACGCAAAAGCGUCACAGUCCACAACCCCCAUCUCUUCCAGCUCCGAUAUUGCACCUUGCCUCAAACCUCCUACCACCACAAGCUCCUCAGCACCGAAACCCCCUCCACCAUCAUCCUCGCCAUCAUCCGCAGCCACCCCGCCAAUCCCCCCAGCCCGCUCAACCCAGGGACCCCGCGGGACGUACACGGGCUAUCGGAUCUCCACCGGGACGCUAAUGCCACCUCCCUACCGCGUGCAAACCAUCUCCGCCUUCCUGGAACCCCUCGCCUGGUCCUUCGGCCUGACACUCUGCGCCCCGCGCCGCCCCGUCCAUCUAUCUCUGCAGACCCUGCGCGUCCCCGUUGCCGUCAGCACCGCCGUCUGGGAAGCUCCGAACGACCGCAUCAAAGCCCGGCAGGGCUGGCUCAUGGGGCCGGUGCUGGGCGUCUGUGUGAGGGAGGAGACGGGGUUCGGGAUGGGAGAUGUGGAAGCGGAGUUGAAGGGAGGAGGGCAGAAGGGGACGGUGGAUCUGUUGAGAGAGAUUGGGGCGUUGUUGGGAAUGGCGCAGGAGAGGGCGAGGGAGGGCAAGGAGGAGAGGAGGUCCGGGGUGGGAAAAUGGUGGGUUGAGAAGCCCAGGUGGGGUGGUGGGGCGGGUGGCGAGCUGGGAGAGGGGAGAGGGGAGGAGGUUGGUACGGCUGGGGAGGGGGACACGGGCGAUGUUGAGGAGAAGGAGGGGAAGGAGGGGGAGUGGGAGAGGCGGGCAAGGAAGAUGAUGGGUGUUAGGGAAAAGAAGAAGAAGGUUAGCGCUAUCGAUGCGUGGAACGCCCUUCGGCCGGGCAGCGGCUUCUGGGACCCGAGGGUUGAGUAUAAGGCUGUCGGGAAGUCGAAAGGGGAUCAGUGGGACGAGGUCUUCCUCAUCUCCUCCCUAAACCACCACAUCAGCAUCCUCAAGCUGCGCGUCCAUGCUGCAUACCUCGAAUACCUGACCGAAGGCACUUUUCCAGCCAAGCCGCCGUCCAAUCCGGAUUGGUGCAGUCCGCAACUGUGGCGAACGCGCUGGUACGACCUGUUCAGUGUGCAGGAUCGGGAGGAGGCCAUGCGGGGUGUUUGGGGAAUCUUGGCGUAUCUGCUGCGACCCGAGCAUGAGGCGGCGCAAAAGGAAGCAAAAGGAGAUGUGGUGAUGGGAGAGGGCUGA